AUGACAGAAUACCAAAGUGUAUAUACUGACCGCGGUCGACUCCGCUACAUUCCCGAUCACCAACACAGCCCCUCACACACUCACCGAGGCAUCUUCCAAGGGCGCCACCGACGACCGCACCGCAUCCACAUCGCACACGUAGCUCCCGACCCCACGCUAUUUCGCAACCAGAGGCGACAGACGACUAGCAAGUCGUACGUUACAGAAAAGCUGGCGGGCCCGCGGGAUAACGCUAAACGCUUCCUACGCUCCUUCAUCGACACUCACUUCGCCCAGAACCCAGAACCCACUGAUAUUCCCUCUCCUCGAUCGUCUACGAGCAGUAAUCGCAACUCGGUCGCUUCAUUCCCGGAAAGGUGGUCGCCGGCGACUGAUGAUAUGAGAUCGAGCACGAGGACUACAGGCGCAGUGGGCGCAAUUGGAGCAACAAUAGCUGCACCGGGCAUACCCCGCCCCUCAGUAGUAGAAUCACAUCGGUCCCACGGGAGGACAUCCACCAAGAGCAUGGUCAGCAGCGUGAGGACUAUGCCAGAAGAGAAGCCCGUAGCUUCGGGGGGAGGUGUCAAUGUGAACAUUUCGCUCACAGAGCCGGUCCUCUUCCUCCGGGGCUUCGAACAGGCCGAACAUUCUGAACGAAGCACUGCCAUGCUUCGUGGAACACUAGUCCUGAAGAUCGCCAAGCCUGCAAAGCUCAAGGCCAUCACCUUGAAAUUCAGGGGCAGAGCAACCACAAAGUGGCCAGAAGGCAUUCCUCCCAAAAAAGUUGAAUUCGAAGAAGUCGACACUCUCAUGAGCCAUACAUGGCCAUUCUUUAACUCACAAUUCCCGACAGCAGAGAGCGGAACAGGUGCAGAUCACGUAGAGCUCUACAAGGGCAAUGCAAACCUGGGCAGCUCACCAAAUAACUCUUCAUUGAAUCUAACAUCAAAAGAGGCAAAACGCUUGUCACUGCAGCUGAACCAAUCACGAAGUUUUGGCAAGGGCGAAUCUCCAUCAGGCGGACCCUCGGUGGCACAAAAGGGAUACAGAACCUUCAACGCCGGCGAGUACAUGUACAACUUUGAGCUUCCGCUGGACAGUCACCUCCCCGAGACGAUUGAUGUCGACCUUGGCUCUGUAAAGUACGAAUUGGAAGCAACAGUCGAACGCGCUGGUGCCUUCCGCACCAACCUCAUUGGCACCAAGGAAGUCACACUCAUUCGCGCACCAUCAGAAGGCUCUCUAGAGCAGGUUGAGCCAAUUGCCAUUAGUCGGAGUUGGGAGGACCAGUUGCAUUACGAUAUUGUCAUCUCAGGCAAAUCAUUCCCUCUUGGAGCCCAGGUUCCCAUCGCGUUUAAGCUCACGCCGUUGGCAAAGGUACAAUGUCAUCGGAUCAAAGUAUUUGUAACAGAAAACGUCGAGUAUUUCUGCAACCGCAAGCGGGUGCACCGUAUGGAGCCCGUCCGGAAAGUCCAGCUAUUCGAGAAGAGAGCAGAUGGCCCACCAACAAGCACGUUCCCCGGGAGCACAAUGAGGAUAGUUUCGGGGGGCGGCGUUCCGUACGAUCAAAGAGCUGCCGCUGCCCGAGGCGAAGACGUACAGGUGCAAGAUCCUACUAACCUCCUAGGUGCUCUGGGUGGAGACGCCAACAUUGGCCCCACAGAGAUGGAGUUUAACGUACAAUUGCCCAGCUGUCACAACCUGAAAGACAAGGACAAGCAAGCGAGACUACACUUCGAUACCACCUACCAAAACAUCCAAGUGCACCACUGGAUAAAGCUUGUUAUGCGCCUUUCCAAACCUGAUGUAAAUGACCCGACCAAGAGACGACAUUUCGAGAUUUCGAUAGACUCACCGUUCCACAUCCUUUCAUGCCAGGCCACACAAGCAAACACAUCAUUACCAGCGUAUUCAUCGCCUGAACCCGCGCUUGGCAGGCCCGGGGUACCCGAAUGCGGGUGCCCAAACGCACCCAUCCGACGCACCUCCCCUACGGGCUUCGUACCAACGCUUAGUUCUCUGAGUCGUUCAAGAGGCAACUCGGAAGCCAUCAUUGCACCCCCGGCGCUCGCACGCCCACAGGCAGCACACAUUGGCGGCCCCAACGAGGCGACUGUGCAACGACCUAUUCACCUUAUGCGAGUACCAUCUUUCAACCCACCCGCCUUCUCGGACGAGGAGCCACCGCCACCGCUAGAAACACCGCCUCCUCUUUACGAGACGAUUGCAUCCCCCACGAGCGGUUUAGCCGAUUACUUCUCACGGUUAUCAGACCAUUAUGAUGACGAUAGCGACGCCGAGCGCAAUGACCGCAGGCGGAUUGAGAUACCCUUGACGCCUGGUGGUCGCACGAACAGGAGUAUGGAUGAAAGAAGAAUAUGGCUGCCGGUCGGCCAUUGA